AUACUGUGGUUGGUGGUAGCUAAACACCAAGGUCAACCAUAGAGCAGACAAAUGGCCAACUUAUCUGAUAAGAUUUAUGCAGCUAGCAUAGCAUUUCUGCUGUGCUUAGCAGCCGUCAGGUCACAAGAUUCAGAUCUCAUCAAUUAUUUCACAAAUCUCAUCGCUGAAGGUCAAUCUGCGGCACUGAGUAAUCAACUGCCCACAGAUGCAAGCAUGUACAAACCGACUGAUGAUUCUGUCACAGAUUAUGGCACCUUCGAUUUCGUGAUAGUUGGAGGAGGAGUAGGUGGAUCAGUUGUAGCAAGAAGACUGUCAGAUAUGGAAAAUCAAAAAGUUCUGCUUCUAGAAGCAGGAACUUUCGCAGACGAUGAUUUCUACCGAAUUCCAUCCAUGACAGCAUAUUUAGCAUUCUCUGAGGUUCAAUGGGGAUUCAGGAGUAUCCCACAAAAAACAGCUUGCUUAGGAAUAAUAAAUCAAAGAUGUUCAGCAUACCGUGGCAAAGGAAUGGGAGGCACUUCAAUAUUGAAUGGUGGAAUCUACCAACGUGGUGUUCCUGAAGGAUUUGAUGAAUAUGCCGAGAUCACCAAGGACCCAAGCUGGGCUUACAAAAACCUACUUCCGCUUUUCAAGAAGUCUGAAGAUUUCCACCACAAUGACCCAGACGCUCCAGUUGAUUUGGAAUAUCACGGAACGGGAGGACCAUUGUAUGUUCAAUACGUGACGCCACAGAAUCCAAUCACCACGACAUUUUUGCAAGCCAACAGGGAAGUCGGUAAUAAGGUGGUGGACUAUAACGGCCCUAGUCAAGAAGGAGCCACAGUGUUCCAACUGUACCUGAAGAAUGGACAGAGGCAAAACAUAAGUUCUGCUUUCCUGGACCCGGUCAUGGAUAGAAAGAAUCUCGAGGUAUUGACUGAGAGUUACGUCACCAAAAUCAACAUCGAUAAGAACAAUAAGAAGGCAAUUGGGGUCACCUUCACUCAUCACGGCAAAACUUACACCGUUAAUGCUGACAAAGAAGUUAUACUUUCUGCGGGUGUUUAUCAAACUCCACAGAUUCUUCUCCUUUCUGGAGUAGGACCAAAAGAGCAUUUGGAAGAAGUUGGAAUUGAAGUCAUCGAAGAUUUGGAAGGUGUAGGCAGCUCUUUGCAGGACGAUCCCAUCAAUCAAGUGAUCGUCUUCAGAUCUAAUUACAGCGCUCCAUCUGGAACCCUGCAAGAACAGCUCGCAGAUUAUCUAGAGGGCCGUGGACCAUUAACGCAGGUGCUGUCAGCACAGGGUGUUUCCUUUUUGCGGUCGAAAUACGAGAAGAAGCUUAUUGAUUUGGAAUUGAUAAGUGCGGCAGCUGGAGCUUCAGAAUUUGGUAGGAGAUACACUGACAUGAGAUCAGAAACUUACCAUGCACUGUGGGGAAAUACGACUAGAGGUCUUGCCAUCAAUAUCGCUAAUGUCAACCCAGUUUCUAAGGGUACAGUUAGGCUGAAGAGCAGCAGUCCCUUCGACUACCCACUGAUUGAUUUCAAUAUGUUGAGCGAUCCAGAGGACAAGGAUAUUGCUGUUAUGUAUGAAGGUGUCAAGAUGGUGAUGGACCUGAUGAAGACCCCAGCUUAUCAGAGGUAUGGUGCAGAGUUCAUCGCCAAUCCCAUUCCCGAGUGUACUAAACACGAAUUGUGGUCGAGAGAUUACUGGUAUUGUUUCUUGAGGUAUACGAGUACAGCAGCUUAUCAUACAAGAGGGUCAUGUCCAAUGGGCGCUGAUCCUAAGAAAGGCGCAGUCGUCGAUCAUAAAUUGAGAGUGUUUGGCAUCAAGAACCUGCGUGUCAUCGAUACCAGUGUUCUUCCCGUCACUAUGUCUGGACAUCCCACUGGAACUUGUUUGCUUAUUGCAGAGAAGGCCUCUGAAGAUAUCAAAGCUGACCAUAAAUAAUAUUGUGAUGCUUAGACAUUUAUAAACCAUGCUAUGUCUAUUGACUUGAUUAUUAUAGUUGAUCAUUUAUUUAAUGGUAAUAAAGCCCAUCC